CGCAGCGCGGCCCCGGCGAGCGGCUCGGGCGCUGCGGCGGCGGCGGCUGCGCGGGGCGCUCGGCACGGCCGCGGCGGCGGACGGGCACCUGCUGCCGCCUCGCCCGCAGCAGCGCCGCGCUUUGUCCGGGCUGAGCGGGCGCGCCCGGCCCCGGCGGCGCCCGGCCCCGCUCAGCACCGCGGCCGGCGGCUCUCGGGGCGUCGCCUGGCUCCGGCGGCCUGGGCACGGCGGGGAGCGUGAAUGAGAGUUUGCUCCGAUUUCCGAGCAGGAGACUCCAACCGUCAUGUUAAGGUAAAGCAGAAAAGUGCAGUGCUGAACAUGCUAAAGAAGUUGGACAAAAUAAGGUUCAGAGGUCACAAGAGAGAUGAGUUCCUUGAUUUAGCAGAGUCUCCAAAUGCUUCAGACACUGAAUGUGGAGAUGAAAUCCCGGUGAAGAUACCUCGAACGUCAGCUCGAGACAAUGAAGAGUUGAGAGACCCUGCUGGUCCAGGGACCAUCAUCAUGGCUUCAGGAGUCCAGGAUUUUAACAGAACAGAGUCUGACAGACUGAAUGAGAUCAAAGGUCACCUGGAAAUAGCCUUACUGGAAAAACACUUUUUACAGGAGGAGCUCAGGAAGCUGAGAGAAGAAACAAACGCUGAAACGUUAAGGCAGGAGCUAGAAAAGGAACGGCAGAGGAGAUUAGAACUAGAACAAAGAGUCAAUGAAGUACUUAAAGCAAGGGCAGAAGAGGUGCCUGCAGCUCAGCAGCCUGCAAAGCCACAGGCACAAGCCAAUGGAACAGAUAAGAGCUGUCACACGGUCUCCUCGAGACUCCAAAAGUGGUUUUUUGAUAAAUUUGGGGAGUAUGUUGAGGACUUCAGAUUUCAGCCAGAAGAGAAUACAGUGGAAACAGAAGAGCCACUUAGUGCUAGAAGGUUGACUGAAAAUAUGAGAAGAUUAAAGAGAGGUGCCAAACCUGUUACAAAUUUUGUGAAGAAUAUUUCUGCCUUAUUAGACUGGUAUUCUAUCUACACUUCUGCUAUUGCCUUUAUUAUUUACAUCAAUGCUGUAUGGCAUGGCUGGGCCAUUCCUAUGUUCUUAUUUUUAGCAAUUUUGAGGUUAUCCCUAAAUUACCUCAUAGCCAGGGGUUGGAGAAUACAGUGGAGCAUUGUGCCUGAAGUUUCUGAACAGAUGGAGAACCCAAAAGAGGACCUGACUGUGUCUGAGAAGUUCCAGCUUGUUCUAGACGUGGCUCAGAAGGCACAGAACCUUUUUGGCAAGAUGGCAGACAUACUGGAAAAAUUUAAAAACUUGUUCAUGUGGGUCCAGCCAGAAAUAACACAGAAGCUCUACAUUGCUCUAUGGGCAGCUUUUAUUGCAUCCUGCUUUUUGCCCUACAGGAUUAUUGGGCUUGCAUUGGGACUCUAUGCUGGAAUCAAGUUUUUUCUUAUUGAUUUUAUCUUCAAACGAUGCCCCAGACUAAGAGCUAAGUAUGAUACUCCUUAUAUCAUCUGGAUAAGUCUCCUGACAGAUCCUCAGCUCAAAGAAAGAUCUAAUGCUACAGUGUCGAGACGGCUGUCAGGGCAUGAAAAGCUUCAAACAGCAGCCUCCAGGAGUUAUGUGGGCUCAAGUGCCCCAACUGGAAUAAGCAAAGAUGAAGACACAAGUCGUUUUCAUACCACCAAGAGAGGAAAUUUCCAUGAAGUUUUUAACCUAUCAGAGAAUGAACGUCCUUUGCCAGUGUGUGAAAAUGGCUGGCGCUGCUGCCUGAUCAACAGAGAUCGGAAGAUGCCCACAGACUACAUCAGGAAUGGAAUUCUUUAUGUCACAGAAAAUUACCUGUGCUUUGAAAGCUCAAAAUCUGGCUCAUCAAAAAGAAAUAAAGUUAUAAAGCUGUCGGACAUUACAGAUAUCCAGAAGUAUAAAGUGCUCUCUGUUCUCCCGGGAUCAGGGAUGGGUAUUGCUGUAUCAACACCAUCUACACAGAAACCUUUGGUGUUUGGUGCCAUGGUACACAGAGAUGAAGCUUUUGAGACAAUUUUCAGCCAAUACAUGAAAAUAACAUCUGCAUCAUCCAGCACUGAAAGCUAGUGUCUUAUCUUGGAAGAGCUAAAGGAAACUUCCUUCUUGUAUGACUUGGUAGUGAAAAAAUGAACAUCCUCAUCUAUUUUGCAAUAAUUUUUCUUGUCUGGUGGUUUAUAUUCUAUCUGUUACAUAAACCAAGUGUAUUUUAUAUAUGCCUUCAUGUUUGUUUUUAAGGUUUUUGUAAAAAAAAAGACAAAAAACCAAAUGAAAACAGUGAAAGUGCUAUCAUCACUAUUAGCCUUGCACAUUAAGCACUUUUAAUGUUUAUUUACUGACAUUAAAAGCUGGGAAGAUGCUUGGAGACCUGACUAUAUAACAGAGUGAUCUCUUUAUCUCCACUGAUGUCACUAGGGAUUCAUUUGUUCCUUUAUCUUAGUUGUUUUUCCCUGAGAUGUGAGAAUGAUGACUGCAGCAGCCUGAAGUCACCUUCUUCAGCUUGGAGUUUUUAAUUGGGUCCUUUAUUAAAACUGGUGGCAACACCAAGGAAGUAUUAGCUUCUUAGUAUGUACAACUGCAUUUAGAACUCCUCCUGGCUAAUUUUUGCAUUGCAGAAGGAUGUUUUUCUGGUUUGGUUAACUUCAUUUUUUCCUGCACAGAGAUGUUUAAAUUGCUUGUACAGUGAAUUGGAGGAGAAGGUUUGUAACUAUAUCUUCCUUUCCUCAUUAACCAAAGCAAGAGGAGGGAAGGCAGGCAGAUACUUUUUAUAAAAGAGGGCACCAAAAUGUUGUUCCUAAAAUGUUAGGCAUCUUAUAAUUAUAUUUCUAUAGGUACUUGUCCUAGAAGGGCUCAGCUGUUGUACAUGUUGCAUGUACAGGGCGUUUGUAUGUUAAUGCAUUAAGACUUGAAGGCUUUUUGUGCUGGGGAGGUGGGAACGAUUAAAUUAAACUCAGAUGUGAUCUUUUUUAAUUUGGCUCUUUUCUUGAGUUACCUUGUGAUAAAAUUAUGCUAUAAUAUAGCAACUGAAAGCACUAGUUCCUCUCAAGCAUGAUUUCAGGAGCGUUGGUGUGCUUCUGUCUUCCCCCUUGCAGAACUAAAUUUUAGUAACAAUUAAACCCAGCUGCCAGGUAAAACAGGAAGGCUGCACUCCUCUAAACUCUCUCAGGCCUGUCUAGCAGCAAAGCACAUACUGACCUUUGUCUUUAAUAUUAGAGAGCUUUUAUACUCUAUAUAAUAGCACCCAUCUGAGAGGUUUAGAGUUUUAUUUGCAUUUUCAUGAAAGCACAGUAGGAGUUAUGCCAAGCCUUCCAGAGUGUCUUUUCCUUUGCUAUGUCUUUUGAGUUGAGUAGUAUAGAUGGCUCCAGACAUUCUAUGAGUGGCCCCAAAAGAAAGCAAUGGAGAUGCAAAUUCUUAUGUAAAAUGAAACUUAAUUUCAUGGAUUUUUUUCUCUGUUUUUUUGAACAGGAAUUUCCUUUCUUUGUAAGGAAAGGGGUAAAAUGAAGGAGGGAGAGGGGUAGCAAACACCAAAGGGUGUUUAACUCUUAGCACAGUUUUAAAUUGAAGUGUGUCAAUAAGUGCAGGAGUAAUGAAGAAGGUGGAGGUCAAACUAUACAAACCUUAUUUUAGUCUGGCCGUGAAAAGGUAGGAUAUGAGAACUUUAUACAAAUUUUAUAUGAAGCAGUAGUGUUGAAUAUCAUAAUUUGUUUGAGUAUUGUAAAGUGAAACACUGAUGGGGUAUGCCCUGGGUAGACAUGUAAGCAAGAACAGGGAGGAGACCACUGUAAUGGUUAAAAUACAAUUUUCAAGUUCUCACUUUAGAGUAGCACUGGAACAUGUCUGUACAUGACCUGGAAAAUGGGUGCAUUUCUAAAACCACCUUUGGUAUGCUGUAACUCAGGGCCUGGAAACUUCAAAUGCAAGUGAACUGGUGGGAAAUCCAUUUUGCCACCAUUUAAAGUGGAUGUAGCUUGACAGUUUAUGGUUUCAUUACUUUACACAUUCAGGUUAUAUGUUUAAGAAAAAAAUAUUGAUCUUAAAUCUUUCUCAUCAAAACUACUUUAAAAUCAGUUAAUAUCUUUUUUUGUAAUUGCUACAUAUUAUAAUUUGGCUUUUCUUUCUAGAAUCUUCCUUGACUAGCAAGUGCAGCUAAAAAAUAGGCAUUAAAAUAGCUUAAUGUUAUAUAAAUCUUAAUCAGAUUCAUUCAUUUUGUCUUAAGAAGAAAAUCCCUUGGGUGUGUUUUAAGGUUAUCUUUUUUUUUUCUUUUUUGGAAGAAACAGAAAACUAUAUUUUUUACAGAGAGCAUGCUCUUUUUCUUAUUUUUGUAUCAUUUUUCAAGUGUAAUUUAUACCUUCACUCUGAUCAUAACAGCAGUUUCAGUAGGAAAGCAGUUGACUUGCACUUAUUACCUCCUCCCCCUCCCACCCUUCACUGGUGACCCUUGUGUACAGGGUUGUCCUAAUUCUGGUUCCUGGAGGAGCUAUAGGAUCUGUACUGCUGGUGCCAGGACAAUGAACCAUACCUAGGCUUCUGAGAGGGAAAAAAGAGAGCAUUAUCCUUUUCCCAGACUGAAAUGCCUCAUGUGUACAAUAUACUCUUAAAAUUUAUUUUCUGAAUGAAGAAAUGAGAAAUGUCUUAUAAAAUCCAAUGUAAUGUUUGGAAUGAAUCCACGCUUUAACAGUGUGAACUUAAAAGUUAGUGAUCCUUAUAGCAGCAAACCUAGUGCAAACUGCAAUGCAACCUUGGUUCUAGUGUAGAGAAAACAGACUGGAUUUCUUUGUUUUGUUCUUUUUUUUUUUUAAUAGAGUUGUAAUAUAAUUGACAGACAUCUGUGUACAUACUUUGCAAAUUUCACUUUACAUUGGGUUAUCCGGUUUCCCUGCUGCACAGCUGCUCCCGUGGUGUCCCUGCCUGCAGAGACUGAAGGUGACCUUGGGGUGGUCACUGGGGCUUUUCUCCCCUCUGCACCCUCUGGAGGGCAGGAGGGGAUGGGCAGUGAGUGAAUGUAUCCUUGACUUGUGUGAUCACACUGAAGCUCCCACCUUAAUUCUAAUAUUCCUCCUUAGUUCUGCAGUACAGCCUGGUGCACUUCAGGAACAGGCUGGGUCGGAACACUUAAUGUAAAGUGCUUCUAAAUAGCUGAAAGUGAUGUUCUUGUCAUUCUGUCCGUCUGAUUGCUGUUUAUAUUUGCACCUCUGUUCAUGUCUGUGGAUGUCUGGAUCAUUCACGUGUAAUUGGAUCUAACUUCUUGAGAAGUUCAUUGGUUAGUUUGAGUCCCUUUUAAAGACAGUAAAAAAAGGGAGAUGAAAACUGACUAAUUCUUUAUCACUGACCAUUUAAAUUCAAAAGAGAAACAAGCUGAAAUAUGAAAUCAUGCCUUUCUGUGCACUGUAGCUUUUUUGAGGCAAGAUUGAAUGAAACAAGCUAUUUAUUAGUAGCAACAUCACACAGGAUGCCAGCAGCAAAACUCUACCCUCGUUCUGCAGACAAAGAGAAAAGGAAUUUUACCCGACUGUGAAGAGAUGAAAGGAUGUACCUGUUUUUUGGCUACUUAAACCUGUUUGAAAACAUUGGUAGUUUUUAUUGAACUCUGUACAUUUUGGCAAAUGUUUAAUUUCUACUAAUCAUUGAAAUAUAAUGGAUGUUAAAAUUUUUAUGUCUGAAGUUUGAGUCUAUAUUUUGAAAUUGUAAAUAAUUCAUUAUCAGUGUAACUUUUGUUCGACAGAAGACUUAUACUGUAUGAAUAAUUGAAAUAAUGAAAUUAUUUGCCCUGUACAUUUUUUAAGAAAAUCUUGUUUGUUUAAAAAGUCUUGUAUAAAUUAUAAUUUUUAUUUAAAUAAACCUAAAAAUGCUUUGUGCUAA